AAUUAGAUUAAAAUUUUUGUUUUUUUUAAAUUAUUUUUUUUUUCUAUCAGAGUUUUGGGUUUGGUGAAGGUGUUAAUUUUCAAAUGUCAUUUGGUGUUGGUGCUUUUCCAUUUGGUCUAUUUCAAACAACACUUGCAACAAAUAAUACCAAUCAUACUUAUGAUCUACCACCACCUGGUACACCAGAACGUUAUCAACAUGAAUUGUUAUCACGUGUAUUUCUUGGCAUUGCAUUAGCCGUGAUUUUGUUUAUUAUUUUUAAUUGA